UUUAUUUAUAGUCCCUUCUCUUCACUUUACCUAUCGCAUCGAAAGUCUGUGAAUGAUUUGUAUGAAGUUCUUGUGAGAAUCCUUUUAGUUUAUUUUGAGAAAGUCCUUGCUUGGAAUAAGUGCUGGAAGUAUUUUUAUAUUUUUACUACGAAAGAAUUUUCCGGUGGAUUCUUCUUUUAUAUCUGUAAUUUAAGAUUGGCAAAAUGAGAAUCAAGCGUUUAAGUAGAAACAGCGAAAAGGAGAACAUCGAAGGUAUUGAUCAAGUGUUUGACAGUGAAGAAAACCUAAACCAAGUUCCUGAUACAUCAGAUAUGUUAACACUCGAAGGCCUAAGAAGAACCUAUAAUUCCUGUUCCAAAUGUGGAGUCAGUUGGUAUGAUGAUCAUGUUAGCUUGGACUGCACUGAGUGUGGUGGAUAUUCUAUGACUAGACCUUGCCCGACUUGUAAUGGAGAGUGUGGAAAUAAGUGGAGGCGGGAUGUUAAAUCUUCCAGAGUAAAGAAACAGGCUCAAUGGCAUGGAACAUGUAACCUAAGUUCCAGUUGGAAAGCCACCUCUUUGGAAUCUAGUUUACCUGAAGAUAACAAGACUAACUGUUUAACAGAAAACUUGGUUCAUCAAACGCAUUUAACUAGUACUCAGUGAAUAAUUUGUACAUAAAGUGAUCAUCCUUUUGCAUCCAAACUGUUCAUUGCAAUCCAUCAGUGAAGUGACCCCAACAUUGUUUUCAAGCAUCUAAUUAUAACACUUUAACCUGAUCUGAAAGAACUAGCAUUUUCUAACAAGGGUAAAUUUUUAAUUGAAAAACUGUUUUAGUUAAAUAUUGAAAGACUGAACAUCAAAUGUUGACUCAACCAAGACUGGAAAUUUUUAAUUCUGAAAAAUCUGACAGUAUUUUUAUGUUUGAGUUUACCUUUUUAUUUAUUUGAUGCUUUUUAAAAGGUUAAAAAUUCAAACUUUGCUACUUGUAUUUAUAAAACUAUUUAUUGAAAUGUAACAUGUAUGUAUAAAUAUAAUAAAAGAUUUCAUAAUUGUA